AUGGACGAGUGUGAUUCUAAAAAUGAUCAUGCAGUCACUGUUAUUCAAAAAUCAACAGACGGAGCUUGGAUUCCCGAUGUAGAAGCGUUGAACAAGAUCUUGAAGUCUAAGAAUAUAAUAAACAAGAAGGUAAUGGUAGUGAGUAUUGCUGGUCCUUCACGAUCCGGAAAAAGUUUUUUACUGAAUUUGAUACUCAAAGCAUUUUACGCAGCUGAGCAAGGUCGUUGGGUGCAAGAAGAUAUGACGAUGGCAACUAAUAAUUUCGGAUUUAGGUGUAGAGGAGGAGCAAGGAGGGAGACUUCGGGCAUUGCUUUGUGGUCAAAACCUUUCUUAUUCAAAAAUGAAGAAGAUGAAGAAUUAGCUGUUUUAUUGAUGGAUACCGAAGGCUUUUUUGAUGCAGACUCUACACUAGAAGACUGCGCAAAAAUUUUCAGCUUAUCAAGCUUACUAUCUUCUCUUCAAAUUUACAAUCUUAAAGAAAAGCUUCAGCUUGACUUCUUAAAGCAUGUUGAAAUAUUUGGAAAAUAUGGAUCAUACGCAACAAAAAAAGAAAAAGCAAAACCAUUUCAGAAUCUUUUGUACUUGGUACGGGACUGGUCUUGCGAAGAAGAUUAUGAAUCUAUUGAAGAAGACUUUUUGGAAAUGACUAGAGCACUAGCAGAAGAAUUAUGUUUUGGAAGGUUUCUGGGUGCAAAAGAAAUACUUCGUCGUGAGUUAACCUGCCAAGAGUUAUGCGCUUUUUUUAUUGUAUCUGGCGAGGUUGUUUUGGAUACUGUUUACUUGGAAUGCACAGAAACUUACGACAAUGAAAUCGACACGGUACCUUUCAACUUUUACUCAAUAAUUUUUAAAGCUUUUAGCAUCAAAAAUAUGUAUGCUUAA